AGCCUGCCUUAAAUCACCUUUUUUUUUCCUAUUCUGAUGCUUGACUAGAACUUCAGAAGAAGGAAAUCCCGUCCUUUCAUUGAAGAUCUAACAAUCAGAAAACCCGACAGUGUUUUGGACGAUGGGUGGUAAUUAUGGGCUAGCUGUCUUGGUGGGCGUGGCCAUACUUCUGAAGGCUGUCCAAUGUCAAGUGAACUGCAAAGGAGCUAAUGGUGAGCGAGGAGUGAACGGCGCUCCGGGCAGAAAUGGGUUGCCUGGAAUGAAGGGAGAGAAAGGAGAGCCAGCUGUGAUGAUUCAAGGUCCAGUGGAUACAGCCAGCCUACUGAGGCAGAAAGGAGAGGAGGGAAAUCGGGGCACGCAAGGACCCCAGGGCCCAAAAGGUUUCCGCGGAGAUUUGGGGAAAGCGGGUGAGGAUGGCCCCCCAGGUCCUCCCGGCCCAGACGGCAGGUUGUCCCAAGCAAGACACACCUCUCAGCAGGGGUCCCGUUCGGCCUUCUCAGUGAUCAGAACCGACCGCAAUUAUCCUGCCUUCAACCAGAAAAUAACCUACCAAAAAGUUGUGGUCAACACAAAUGGUGAUCUUGACACACGAACAGGUGUCUUCACCUGCAGAGUACAGGGUACCUAUUACUUCAACUUCCACUCUGUGGCCAAGGCCAGCAUAUGCCUGCAAAUAGUCUAUGAUGGACCAAGAAGAACCCUGGGAUUCUGUGAUUAUAACAGAUCAAACAGGCAAUCUGAGCAGGUGCUGUCAGGUGGUGUGGUUUUACAGCUCACAGUUGGACAGAGGGUCUGGCUUGAGUCCUUUAGGGAAAACCAGGGACCCACUGAUACCAGGGAGAACCAGGAAAAAAAGAUCAUCUUCAACGGCUUCCUGCUCUUCCCAAGUCCAGCAUAGAGUUCAGCUGUACGCUCAGAAAUUUUACUUCACAAUGGAGUCUGUGCUCAAACACCAGACUGCAUCACUUUGUCAGUUUAAUAUCUAAAAAUCUCAUAUUUCAGUUGUUGUUUUAAAAGCAGCAUCACAGCAUUAACGUGCAUUAUCAUUUAGAUACAAACAAUUUCAUGUGAACAUGUAAGCAGGUAAUUUUGUGUCUACUCAUGUCAGACUCAUGUAAACUUUGAUUAUUGGCACUGAUAAAAUAAAAUUGAAGGCUAUCA